GAAAUUAUUUUUCAAUUUAAUUCUCAAAUUUUUCAUGAUAUUUUUUCUUAUAUGUGAUAAAAUAAUAAUAAUAAUUGCUCGUUAAAAUCGACCCAUACUUAUCACUGUAUGGACAAAGGUCUAACUGGAUUACUCUAUCGAAUACUCAUAUAUAUUUAUAUAAAUAUAUAUAAGUAUAUUGGUUGAAAUUUCGACUAAUCAUUACUAUAUGCGAAAUGAGAGUUGUGCUUUUGCUCAGUCUAUUAACUGCUUUAACACUUGGCCAACAGUUGGAUAAAGAGCUGGAAGAAAUUUGGCAACAAUGGAAACAGAAAUAUAACAAAGUUUAUUCAACUUCUGAAGAGGAAAUUAAACGUCGCACGAGUUUUAUGAAACGUGUUGCAAAAAUUCAACAGCACAAUUUACGACAUGAUUUAGGCCUUGAAGGAUAUACAAUGGGUUUAAAUGAAUUCUGUGAUAGGGAAUGGGAAGAAAUUAAGGCGGUAAUGUUUCCAAAAACACUUGGCAAUAAUCCUUUAUGGAAUGAUAAAGAAGAAGUGGAAUUUUCAAAUAAACCAUUACCAUCAAAAUGGGAUUGGCGAGAUCAUGGGGUGGUUACACCAGUUAAAGAUCAGGGUCAUUGUGGAUCAUGUUGGGCAUUUUCAGCUUGUGGAGCAAUAGAAGGUCAAUUGACUAAAAAGCAUAAGAAGUUGACAAGCCUAUCAGAACAACAAUUGGUUGAUUGUAGUGGAGAUUAUGGGAACCUAGGAUGUAAUGGUGGUCUAAUGGAUCUAGCCUUUCUGUAUGCAGAGAAAUACGGUAUUGAGUCAGAGAAAGACUACAAAUAUAAGGGAGUGGAGAAUAAAUGUCACCAUCGUAAAUGGAAGUCAGUUGUGAAAGUGAAGAAAUUUGUUGACUUACCGUCUGGAAAUGAAAAGCAACUACAGAGAGCUUUAUAUGAAUAUGGACCAAUUUCAAUUGCUAUCGAUGCAACGGAUGACCUUUUAAUGUACUCGAGUGGAGUUUAUGAAUCAAGAGAAUGUUCACAAACAGCAGUUAAUCAUGGUGUGCUAUUAGUUGGUUAUGGUACAGAACAUGGCAAAGAUUAUUGGCUUAUUAAGAAUAGUUGGAGUGCUAGAUGGGGAUCAAAAGGUUACUUCAAAUUGAGAAGAAACAAGAGAAAUAUGUGCGGUGUUGCAUCGAAUGCCAGUUAUCCAAUACUGUAAUUUGUCUAUGAAAUGUAACUUGGACUUUAAAAAAAGAUAGAAUUUUCCGUUUUGGCCUUUUGGUGUUUUACUUCUGAUAGAAAUCGAGCAAUAACUGG